UAUUUAGUCACACCAUUCUUGCUAUUUGCUCCAUCUUGUGAUACACAAAUCUCUCUCUCUCUACGAUUUUCUCAAGACAGUCGCUUCCUUUGCUCAGAAAAAAUGGCUGAACAAAUUCCUUACGGCGUGAUUGUGAGGUCAUCAACAGGUUGGGUUCAUUAGCCUUCAGAGAGAUUGCAAUGAUUUAUGGGGUGAAGACUGAGAUUGAAAGGCUCAGAGACACUGUUGAAGCCAUCAAAGCUGUGCUUGUUGAUGCUGAGCAAAAGCAGCAGAAUGACCAGCCCAUCAAGCUGUGGUUGAGGAGGCUCAGACAAGUGCUUUUCGAAGCAGAUGACUUGCUCGAUGAACUACACUCUAGAGAUUUAAUCUGCAAGAGAGAUGGAAAAGCUAAGGGAAAGGGAAAGGUACGUGACUUCUUCUCAUCCUCAAAUCCGAUUGCUUUUCGUCUCAAAGUUGCUCAUAAGAUUAAAAAGAUCAGAGAGCGAUUUGAUGCUAUCGCAGGAGAGAUGUCUAGGUUGAAUUUUGAUAGAAGAGUUGUAGUGAUGAGUUCUGAGGGGAGUAAGUGGAGGGAAACAAGUUCUGUUGUGCUUCAGGAUGAGAUCAUUGGGAGGGAGGAAAGCAGAAGGGAGGUUAUAGAUUUGUUGCUGAAUCCUGAUGGCAUUCAAAAUGUUUCCCCAAUUGCUGUUGUCGGCUUUGGGGGCUUAGGAAAGACUGCUCUUGCCCAGCUCGUAUACAAUGAUGAUGAAGUAAAGGAAUUUUUCAAUAAGACAAUAUGGGUGUGUGUUUCGGAUGACUUUACUGUUAGAACACUUGUUCGAAAUAUAUUAGAAUCGUCCAUUGGUCAAAAAGCGGACGACCAACAACUGGAACUUCUUCAGGAUAAACUUCAGAAGGAUCUGAAUGGCAAAAAAUAUUUGCUUGUCUUAGAUGAUGUGUGGAAUCAGGAUCCCCAUAAGUGGUCAGAUUUAAAAAGAUAUUUGAUGUGCGGAGCUCCUGGUAGCAAGAUUUUAGUGACCACCCGUGAUCAGAUGGUGGCAAGAACAAUGGGUGUGGAAAUCCCAUAUAAGUUAAAAGGUUUGACAAGGGAUCAGUCAUGGACUUUGUUAAAAAGAUUGGCAUUUGGAUCGAAUAGGGUAACUUCCCAGAACAUUGAGUCUCUCGGUCAAAAACUUGUUGACAAAUGUGGAGGAAUUCCACUAGCAAUAAGAGCCAUGGGAAGUCUAUUGCAAUUACAACAGACAGAGCGAAUUGAGUGGGAAAGGAUCUUAGAAUGUGACUUUCGGAAGUUGUCUAUAAGUAAUGAUCCAGUCAUGCCAAUACUACGACUAAGCUAUGAUCACUUGCCAUUUGAAUUGAGACAAUGCUUUGCUUAUUGUUCUUUGUAUCCAAAAGACAGGAGAUACGAUAAGGAUAAGUUGAUUGAGCAAUGGAUGGCGCAAGGCUACCUUGGAUGUCAUGAUGAUGAUGAAUGUCUAGAAGAUGUUGGUGAGCGAUAUGUUCAAAUUUUGACAAUGAGGUGUUUCUUUCAAGAUAUUUUGAUGAAUGAGUAUGGUGAAAUAAAAUAUUUUAAAAUGCAUGACUUAAUGCAUGACCUAUCACAAUUAGAUGCUGGCUCCGAUUGUUGUUUUUAUGAUGGGAGAAAUUUUUUUGCCAGCCCGGUGCAUAUCAAUUUUGCAUAUCGCUCCAAACUUUCUUUAGAUUCAUCGGAUAUAAGUAGACUGCGAACCAUUCUUCGUCUACGCUAUGUUUCAAAAAGUGAUCUAUCCAUGCUAUUAAAGUUCAGAUGUUUGCGUAGUUUGGAUUUGUCAAGAAUGAAUAUGACAGAUUUGCCUGAUUCAAUUGGUAAAAUGAUACACUUAAGAUAUCUUGAUCUCUCUGAUUGUGAAAAAUUGACCAAGUUGCCCAAAAGUUUAAGCAACCUAGUCAACUUACAGACGCUCAAAUUGACUGGUUGUCGGAGCUUGCUUGAACCUUCUUCUAUAGAUGUUGUCACAAAAAUGAUCAACUUGCGUCAUCUUCACGUUGAAGGUUGUCGGGCCUUUUCAUAUGGAAUGCCAAUUGGGUUAGGCCGAUUAACAAAUCUACAAAGACUCUCGAGUUUCGUUGUGGGGGACCAAUCAUAUAAGGAGGGAAAGCAUGCAAAACUGAAGGAAUUGAAAGAACUCAAUCUCAGACAUGAAUUAGUUAUUCGAAAUCUGGAUUUAGUAAUGGAUGUUGAAGACUCCAAGAAUGCCAAUCUGAAAGCAAAGAAAAACUUGAGGUCAUUGUCACUCAUAUGCAGUGGAAAUCACACAAGUAGUGAUAGUUUUCAAGUUUUAGAAAACCUUUGUCCUCAUCCAAAUUUGAAACGAUUGGAAAUCGAGCGCUACCCAGGAGUGACGUUGUCAAGUUGGCUUGCUUCACUCACAAAUCUUGUUGCGUUAGAUCUUUCUGAUUGUCCAAACUGUCAGUCAUUGCCCCCGUUAGAAGGACUCGUUUCUCUCAAGGAUCUUAAUAUGAGGUCCAUGGAUGCACUAGAGUACAUAUACUAUGAAGGAUGUUCCUCAUCAACUAACUUCUUCCCAUCUUUGGAAAAUUUAACCGUUGAUUCUUGUAAAAUUUUGAGGGGAUGGCAAUGGAAGGCAGAUGCAAAUAAUAGAAUAGAUGAUGAGAAACAACUUCGGCUGCCUCCAUUUCCUCGUCUUUCAUAUUUAAAAAUCAGCCAUUGUCCCAAUUUGGAUUGCAUGCCUACACCUCCAAGUCUUGUGAAGUUGUGGUUUUUAGGUGAUUGUAACAUGAAGCCAUUGAUAGACACGGCAAAGGUAAGCUCAAAGUGGGUCGUCCACAACAAAAGAAUUACAUCCACCUCUUAUCUUCCUGCUACACUUGAAGAGUUCGAAAUUUGGCACAUUGACAACCGUGAUCCAUGGAGUGGAGAUGAAGAUUUUAGCUCACAGCACCAAGCCCUUCGUUGCCUCCAUUCUUUUUGCGAUCUUAAAAUCUUCAUGUGUGAUGAAAAUUUCAAGGCUUUACCAGAGUGGAUCUGCCAUCUCCAAUCACUUCAAUCUAUUGCCAUUAAAAAUUGUCCAAAUUUGGAGUCAUUGCCUGAAGGAAUGCAUCGCCUUACUAAUUUACAAACACUAGAAAUCUUCUUAUCUCCACAUUUAAAAAAAAAAAAUGUGAGAGAGGAAGAGGUGCAGAAUGGCCCAAAAUUGCUCACAUCCCUAAUAUAUGGGCUUCACUCCGCAAGAUCUGAUCCUUCAAUAUCCAUCCAAAGUUCUGUGCAGCUGGAUGGAUUUACGCAUUUCGAAUGCAUUCAUAUAAUUUUACUAUAUACAAUGCCUAAAAGAGUCGAUGUGAUUGUAAAAUCCACUCCUCAAAAUUCAUUUUUUUCCCAUAUUGUUCAUUGCUUUCUGUUUUAUUAUUUUCUAUAUUCCAGUUUCUUUCAACUUUGAGGUUCCAAAUUAUUUUGUUAUCCUCUAAGAACUUUUUCUUCAAUGCAGGCACAUACUUCUACAGACAAAGUUAGGGUGAUUUGCACAUUCAAAGCAAGUUAGGGUCAUUGAGAUCUCUUUUUCCCCUCUGCAUGUGCAUCCUUAAGACAUCAUUGGUUCUCCAACUUGUUCACACUUACACCAAAUGAAAAC